AUGCCCAUCCCCAUACGCUCCCACUCGCCAAUCAAGUCAAAUUCUGCUGCAACUGGCCCGUCAUCAACACCAGCGAGCCUGGGAAACGUGCCGCAUUCCGAAGCAACAGGUGCAAAAGAACCGACAAGGCUGACACGGGAACCGGCACAUGCCCGCGCCACAAGCAAAGUAUCCGCACGUACAGUCACUGAGCGAAAGCCCGACAAUCCUGGUCCAGCAACGAAGGUUCCCGUCAGUAAUAUCCCUGGAGACGGCUAUGCAGCCCGCGGCCGUACCAGAAGCUACGUGUCAGCCACCAGCAGCGGCGUGACCCGGGCAGCUCCAGCCGUAGCAGGCCUGGCAGAUGCCGCGGCAACAUCUCGGUCACAGCAAUGGACAAGCAGCAAAGAUCCAGCAAACGUGAGAACUCCUGUCUUGAGCUCGCAUAGUGGGGCCUUGAGUGCCACCAGCAAGGCAAGGAGAAUCGCCGAGACUCGGAAUUCUCAGAACGAGGCUCGCAAGGCAAGUGUGGUGGUGCCUUCCCAUCCACUGUCAUCAACGGCAGGCAAGGGUUCGGUGUCUGCCUCUGAGAAAGGGAGACAGGUACCGUCUGUGAGGCCAAACUUCAGCACUUACCAGCAGCGCUAUAGUCAAAAGACACCAAACGCCGUCCCCUUAGCUUCGGCCACGGCUCCGAACAAAGUUGCUAUUGGUCCCGGAUCCGCAGAUGGCGUUCUUUCUGCCGCGGAAAUUGAAAACCUUCGAGACGAGCUGUUACAAUCAUCCGUUGUCCUGGAGAGGUCACCGGCCACACUCCAGGCUUAUGAGGCGUCGAUCAAAUCGCAUUUGAGAGCAAGUUUUGAGGAUGCGGCAAAGCAGCUGAGUUUGCUCAAAUCCCGGCAAUGUGAUCGGCAAUUGACCGUCAACGCAGUUGCCGUGAGCGAGUGGCUCAAGAAGAUGCGACAAACAUCAGCUGUAGCGCAUGCUGGAUGUGAUACACUAUUUCUUUUGGCGCACUGCCAGGGGGAGUUGCAGGACGUCAGCGAAGAAAAUGGCCCUUUCAAGGAUGCUAUGCGGAUCUUUGACGAGUGGUGCGUCUAUUCGUCUUCUAGAAGGUCGAACCGCGCCGCUGACGACCCACGCGAUGGAGACGAUGCCCAAGAUGCAGGAUCCUUUCUCCGCUCUAAGCCCUUUGUGACUGAAGGGUGGUCGGCCUCGUUUUCGUCCGUGGAAGGUCGAGUCAAACCUUGUGCGGCGUCAUUGACCGAUCUGCAGCUGCCGCCAGAGUCCACCUCACUUGGUCUGCUGAUCAAAAUGCAAUCAACUCUUGUGAAACAGGUCUUGCAAGAGAUUGCGAUGUGCAGGUCCAUAGAAGGCCUGAAACUCCGAGAAGAACAAGCGUGGCUUAGAACCGCGGUCGAUGCUGCUCUUCAAGACGCAGAAUUACAUCAUUUCGCAAGUGCAACUGGACGUAGUGUUAGGAGGGGCAUAUGGGACAAAUAUGAAGUUGUUUAG